GCUCACUGACACUUGAACAGUGGAAUUAACCCAACACACACUCACCCUGCGGACUAUCGCGGAGCAUCAUUCCUUUGCAUCAUAGUGACCUGCGCCCAGUGUCACCAUGUCAUCACCGUGCCUCAGCAGCGUCCUGACUCAUGCCAAUCUCACCAUGUAUCAGACUGGCAUCCCUGAUGUCCCACCGCAGCAGCCCACUGGGCUGCCCAGCAGUCCAUCAUUCAGCUCCAACAUCAACAGUCAGUGGUACAGGCAGAUCAGCCCUCACUUCUGGACACCAGACAACGUUCUGGAGUGGAUAAGCGAUCAAGCAGAAAUCACCAAAUUUGAUGCAAGUACCCUGAGCCUGGCCUACUGUGCCAUGGAUGGACCUGCCCUCUGCCAGAUGAACCGGGAGCAGAUGAUAGGGAUCUUUGGCCCAGAGCUUGGCCCACACCUUCACCACAAUCUGCAGGAACACAAAACCAAACAUGAGCUGCAGAGCCUAACAGUACCAGAACUGAAUGAGACCUGCCAGCUCCUGGACAACUUCCUGGACAACCUAAAUUUCCCUCUGCUCAGCACCAUUAGAAUUGGCCAUGCUGAAGGAGAUGUGAGCAAGAGGGAGUUUGACUACAAUAAUGACUAUGAUCUGAGCCUGACCAUGGAGCCCAUGACACCUCUCGGAGACACAGAGUAUCUGUCUGAUAAUCAGUCUGACAGCGAGUACAGCUCCUCCUCAAACAGUGGAAUGUUUAGCUUCUCAAGCCUCAGCUCACCAGAGUCUGGCAGUGGCGAAUCAGACCCAGAGUUCUCCUACCCUCUGAUUUCAAAGGCACACAUCAAAACUGAGAAAGGAGAGUGUCGACUGAAGCGACCACGGGGACGACCCCCUAAAGUCAGCAGAGAGCACGGCAGCAGCAUUUAUGACGGUCCAAAGAAAAACAAACACGCACCUCGUGGAACUCACCUAUGGGAGUUCAUCAGGGACAUUCUGAUCCACCCAGAGAGGAACCAGGGCCUGAUGAAGUGGGAGGACCGCCGUGAGGGUGUCUUUAAGUUCCUCAAGUCUGAGGCUGUGGCUCAGAUGUGGGGCCAGAAGAAGAAGAACAGCAGCAUGACGUACGAGAAACUCAGCCGUGCCAUGAGGUAUUAUUAUAAGAGGGAGAUCCUGGAGCGAGUUGACGGCCGGAGGCUCGUAUACAAAUUUGGAAAGAACUCCAGCGGCUGGAAGAUUGAGGAGAUUGGAAUGGGCAUGUGAGGUAUCAUCCACAGGAUGUAUAGAAACCAAAAAGUCAAAAUCAGCAUAUGCGUUCAGGAAAUAGAAACUGCCCGUGUGGCCUGUCUGAAAAUAAACCUUACUGCCCCAGAUGUUUAAGACACUAACUUCCUCUAAGAAGGAAGGUGAUGCAGAAAAUGUAAGCCAGUGUUUUUGGCUCUAGUAGGUUUUAUGAACCAAUAUUAAUGUUGUACCUGUUUUGUGUUUUUAAUUGCCAAAUGUUACUAUGUGCACAGUAAAUAUAAUAGACAUCUUUGUGGAUGCUUGAGUUUCUGUAAGCACCUAAAGGCUGAAAAAGCAAACUUUUGACAGUUCUACAGAAUUCACUCUGGUGUUUGUAUUUAAGUUUCUUUACUGAUACAGGACUAACUCAUCUCCAUCUGUCACAGUGGAAUUUGUUUGUGUUGGUAUAGGAGCAUUAAUGGCUGUGUUGUGGCACUGGAAAUAUUAUAGUCUAUUUUUCUUACUUUUAUAUCACUGUCUUGUUAUUUUAAUGGGGUGAAACGUUCAUCCUCAGUUUUUUUCUACGUGAAAGUCUAAUCUGUUGUAGAUUUGAAUGUAGAACCAAGUUUGGAAAAGUCUUUUAGUGGCAAACUCAAUGUGAAGGACAAAGACAGAACAGAGAGAAAACCAUGUAUGUGAUGUUACUUCACAAUGACAAUAAGUAUAUAAUGAGUAAUGAUGUGCACUACAUGUCUAUUGGUAUCACUUAUUAUAAAGUGUGUUUACACAAUGUUUGAGUAAAAGGCAGUUUUUGAAGAGUAAUCAUGUAUAUCAUGUCUUAUAGAUGAUCAUCACCUGUAGAAACAGUUUGUAUGAAUCAGUCCCAAAUCGGUGUCAUGUUUGUGUGUUUGUUCUAAUAUGAUUAAUCCAAUACGCCAUCACCCACUUGGGACUGAUAAAUGUUUUUGUAAGUGGAGUCACUCUCACGUCAUUUAUAACUUUUGAUGUAUAUUGUUUUUGUAGAAAUAAAUUUGGACAUGCAUUAA